AUUUGACCGGAAGUUAUGUUAUCUCUGUCACGUGAUAGCGAAUCUUUGCCAAGCUUUAGUUCGAAGUCGAUGAUGUCUGAUAUCACGUUGUACUGGGGCUCUGGGAGUAUACCAUGUUGGCGCAUUAUGAUUACUUUAGAAGAAAAGGGGUUGGAUUACAACUCCAGAUUGAUGUCGUUCGAGAAAAAAGAACACAAAAGUAAGGAAAUUACGACGCUAAACCCUCGUGGUCAGCUGCCCACCAUGAAAGUUGGCGACUGUGUUGUGAACGAGUCGUUCGCUGCUUGCGAUUACCUGGAGACUGUCUACAAGGACAAGGGCACCUCUUUGUACCCACCUGCGUCGUCUGAAAAGCAGCUAGCCUUGGUCCUUCAAAAAAUGCAUGAAACGUGUAAUAUUCAGCAGAAGAUGGUUACUAAUAUUAUUUACUAUCUGUGGGGUAACCCGAACCCGGACAAAGAUCUGCUGACUAAACGACACGCGGAGCUGGCUGAAGAACUGGUUCGCUGGGAGGACUACAUGAAGGAGCUGAAAUCGACCUUUCUAACUGGGCCUGAUAUAACCAUGGCAGAUGUAAUGUUUUUCCCAUAUAUUGCUUUCGGAGUUCGAUCUGGCCUGCAGCUGGAAAGUCGUUAUCCGUGUUUGGCAGCCUACUACAAUAUGAUGAAGGAGAGACCGAGUGUGAAAAAAUCUUGGCCACCACAUUGGAAAGGCACUUCAAAUAAUAACGUACUGGCUGAUGUCUAAAUAUAUUAGUUAUGUAUUAUUUUGGUAUGACCGUGUUGUGACCACCCUAUAUAUUUUUUCCUCUUUCUCACAGUUGUCACUAAAUCUGGUCUCUCUUUUUUUUUUUUUUUUUAUGAAGAUCUUUAUAAAAAUUUUGCACAGCCAUUCAUAUACUAAAAUCUUUUUAUACAGUUUAUGUAAUCGAUUAUAAUAUAGAUACUAAAAUAAAACCAUUUACACAACA